AGCGUCACUCGCGCAAGUUUCGUAAUUUGUUGCUCACUUCAAGAAUUAUUUGUGUGCAGGUCAUUGAAUUUUACAGAUCAUCUCGGACUCGGACUCGGAUAUGCAGUGAUUUGGCAGUGAUCACAAAAUGUUGGUGACGUUCGGACGUCGUGUUAGUUUCAUAAUUUUAGUGCAUAUAGUUGCAAGUGCGUCUUGUUUGCGUCAAUAUGGAACGCCGGGUGAUACUUUGUACGUGGCGGAAGAAAAACAGAACUUGCAGAAAGUAACUGUAAUAAACAGAUUCGAGGAAGACGCACUUGACUCUCAGCUGGAAAGGAGAAAACGGGAUACGAUUCCGACCCCGACACCCGAAGCACAGAAAAAUAUAAGUACAUGGACAACACAUCUAAAUGAUAGUCAUCAACAAUUAAUGGUGCACUGGGUUGGUGAAGGGUCCAAUGUGAUCAUAUGUCUGGCUAGAGACUCCAGUCCACGUGCCAAGGGUGGCAUAUCGCCUUCAGCCCUUUUCAUUUCUUAUGACUAUGGCAAGAACUUCACCAAUAAAACUGAAAACUUCAGACUGGGUGAUUCCCCUGACAGUGGUUAUGCUCAGCUGGAUAAAUUCUUUAACCACCCCAAAUAUCCUGAAUUUUGUGUAUUUGUGGAUUCAACCAACAAAAAACUCUAUUACACAAGUGACAAUGGCCAAAACAUCCAUAGAUCCGACUUGAAUUUCCAUCCAAGUGAACUCGCUUUUGAUGAAGAAUUUCCUGACAAGUAUGUUAUCUUGGACAAGGUUGACACCAAUAGAAAGUUGUAUCUCACAUUGGAUGGAGGAAAAACAUUCAAAAUGAUCCAUGGUUUUGUGAAGACUUUCUUUUGGUCAUCUGGACCUGGCUUCUCAAAGGUGUUCUAUGUGGAGCGCUGGAAACCCGAUAGAACAAGCACUGUAUUUAGUGCCAGUGAUCCCACUGACCUAAAUAAUGCUAACGUGUUGUUUGAGGAUGCAAAAGACUUCCAAAUUAAAGGUGACUUUAUGUUUGCAACAAAGCAGUCUAAAGAGCGAAACACUUUACAUCUAUACAUCUCUCACCAACGGGGACCGUUCUACAAAGCAGAGUUCCAAACAGAAUUGGAUUUGAGGAAAUUCCACAUCGCAGAUGUUACGGACAAACGUAUAUUCGUCUCUGUCAUGCAUACGGAGACCCUGGCCAAUCUGUUUGUGUCGGAGAUCAACAAUAACUUCUCGCAGUACAACUUCGUAUUGAGUCUGGAGCAAGUACUCUGCUAUUUCCCAGAUGGCAACUGGAAGGAUAGUUUUCUCGAAGAUGUGACGGAAGAUCCUUUCACGGAUCUGUAUCGCGUGGAGGGUCUGAAAGGCGUGUACAUCGCGUCGCGAGUGAACUCCAGCUCGUUGGUGAUCAACAUAGGUCCGGAGCACCUGGUGUCCGUGAUAACCUUCGAUCAUGGAGUCACCUGGUCUCUCAUCAACCCACCCACUGAGGAUGAACACGGAAACCGUCUCAAUUGUUACUUGAACUACUCCUGCAGUCUGCACUUGUGUCAGAAGUUCAGUCAACUGUAUCCAGUGACAAGGUCAGCAAGUAUUAUGAGCUCCAAGUCAGCCCCUGGCAUUAUAAUGGCGACAGGGGUGAUGGGCAAAUCUCUCAAAGGGAUUCCCGGCGUGUAUCUGAGUCGUGACGCCGGGCUGACGUGGAAGAGGAUACUCAAGGAUUAUUACUUCUUCAACUACGGAGACCACGGCGGCGUGCUCGUUGCCGUCAAGUACUUCAAGUCCCGCGGCGAAACAAGGAGAAUACUGUAUUCGACUAAUGAAGGCAUCGAGUGGAACAAUUAUCAGUUCAAUGACGAUGACCUUCGUAUUUACGGGCUAAUGACCGAACCGGGCGAGAACACGACCACCUUCACCAUGUUCGGCUCCGCCAAUGAUCAGCAUCAGUGGAUCAUUAUUACCAUAGAUCUGCGUAACACUUUCGCGCGCAAUUGCAGUUCCGAAGAUUACAAAUUCUGGUCCCCAUCCGCUCUGAACUCUUCCGUUUCUUGCGUGCUAGGUGUCAGGGAGACGUAUCAAAGGAGAUUCGCACACACUAAUUGUUACAAUGGCAUAGAUUAUGACAGACCUAUUAAAAAAGAGAUAUGCGAGUGUAGUAGGCGAGACUUCGAAUGUGACUUUGGCUUUAUGCGGCAGGGCAGUGAAUGUGUGAGGAACAAAAGCUCUGGUCACGAUCCUUACGCGCUUCCCACAGGUUGUAAAUCGGGCCAAUUCUACAGUCGUACUAAAGGUUAUCGCAAAAUUGACGGUGACGUUUGCUACAGUUCUUCAUAUUUGCCGUACUUACCCGAGAGAAUUCCAUGCCCGAUGGAAGAGCCAACUGAAUUCUUACUCGUUGCGUUAAGGGAAAAAAUUGCUCGCAUUGACUUAACUGACAACACUACACUCAUACCUGUAACUGAUCAGAAAAAUAUAGUGGCUAUUGAAUUUGACAUGAAGAGUAACUGUAUUUAUUGGGCUGAUAUAGAGGCAGAUAAAAUAAGUCGUCAAUGUUACAACAAUGGUACUACUCAAGAGAUUGUUGUCGAUACCGACUUGGCUAGCAUCGAGGGUAUGGCACUGGAUUGGAUUUCGAAUGUGUUAUUCUUCGUCGACGGCAUGAGAAAGAAAAUAGAAGCAGUUAGGACAGAUUUGACCAAUGCCGGAAGAAUGAGACGGACAAUUUUAGACUCUAAAGUAUUGUCGAAGCCACGCGGCAUAACGGUGCAUCCUAAAGCUGGGUAUCUGUUUUGGACGGAUUGGGAUAGGUUGAACCCUUCUAUUUCUCGAUCGAACCUUGAUGGGUCGCAAGUGAAGAAACUAUUUGGGAAGCCUAUCGUUCAAUGGCCGAACGGGAUCACUAUAGAUCAAAUGUCGGAACGGAUCUAUUGGGUAGACGCCAUGGAGGAUUACAUAGCCAGCGCGGACUUGAACGGCCAUUUCUUCAAGAGGAUCUUGUGGAACGACGAGACGGUCUCACACCCGUUCGCUGUGGCGGUGCUCAAGGAUAAAAUGUACUGGGACGAUUGGAAAGCCAAGUCUAUUUUCGUCGCUGACAAGAAUACCGGAAUGGACAUAUUGACUGUGAACGAUUCUUUUACGGGUCUGAUGGAUUUGAAGGUGUUCGCUCAUUUCAUGCAGCAGGGUAGUAAUGGCUGUACGAACAAUCAUAGGUGCGACGCUCUGUGCCUGGGGAUGCCUGGGGGUGGUUCCAGCUGUCUUUGCCCCGAUGGCUUCACAAUGAAUAACGGGAAAUGUAUGUGCCCGAACGGAGAACAGCCUGCUUCCAACAUGACCUGCCCGAAGAAACCUGGACUUACAUGUGGACCGGACCAGUUCACCUGUAAGAACGGUCUUUGCGUAACCUCCACUUGGCGUUGUGACGGCAACAACGAUUGCGGCGACCUCUCCGACGAGGUUGGGUGUUUAUGCACCCCGCCGAUGAUACCAUGCGACGACACCCGCUGCUAUCUGCCUCAUUGGAAGUGCGACGGAGAUAUCGAUUGCGCUGACAUGAGCGAUGAAAAAGAUUGCGACCGUCACAAUUGUACCGAGAAUCAGUUCCAAUGUGCCAACGGACACUGUAUUGAGAAACGGUGGGUCUGCGAUGGCGAUAACGACUGCAAAGAUGGAUCUGACGAACGUAACUGCACCCUGACCCCCAUGAAACCUAUUGAGGGCGAAGGUUUGAACUGCUCAGCGGACAGCUUCGCCUGCAAUAACGACAGUAUAAGGCACUGCAUCCCUAACUCUUGGGUAUGUGACGGAGAGAGAGACUGUUUGGGUGGUGAGGAUGAAAAGGAUGAGAAAUGCAAACACUCCACUUGCGCUCCGUAUAUGUUCCGAUGCCCCAGUGGGAAGUGCAUAUUCAAGUCUUGGAUGUGCGACGGCGAAAACGACUGCGGCGACGCCGAAGAGUCUGACGAGAAGAACUGCACUACCAACACGAACACGAAACUGAUCCCUCGGCCGACCACAGAGAAGAUAGACUUCCCUACCACCUGCUUAGAUUGGAUGUUCCGUUGCGAGAACGGCAAAUGUUUGCCUUACUGGUGGCGAUGCGAUGGUAUCGACGAUUGCGGCGAUCAUUCCGAUGAAACUGGCUGUGGUGCUUUCGGUCAUGAAACUACUUCUGUAGCGCCAGAUCAGACGAAAAAGACUAAAUGUGGGAAGAACCAGUUCACGUGCGCACCAGGAGCAUGUAUCCCCUUAUCGUGGGUAUGCGAUCGUCGCAACGAUUGCGUCGACGGAUCGGACGAAGUAGGUUGUGAGAGACAAACGCCCCCACCUGGAACUGGCCCUACUUGUGCUUUAGAUGAGACACCUUGUAACGACGGCCGAGGAUGUGUUAAAGACGACCAUUUCUGCGAUGGUGUAGCUCAGUGCGCGGAUCUCAGCGAUGAAACUUUGUGUGGCCCUAUAGGCAACAAGACACCGGUACAAUGUUCAGGUAGCGACUGGUUCUUAUGCGACGAUGGUGCUUUAUGCAUUCCCCGAACGAAAGUGUGCGAUAGCCAUCAGAACUGCUACGACGGGACUGAUGAGACUAACUGUACUGAAACGCAUCCUACACAACAGUUGAUCAGUAUAGGCGUUGACCACUCUUCCAUUAAUUCCACCAGUUUCUUGGUUUCUUGUUGGAUGGCGCAGCAAAAGAUGGUGACUUACAGCUUUUUGCCGUCCAUUGCGAAGGUUUCCGAUGGCGUAUGGAAGAAUAUGACUUGGUCCAAUGACAGUAUUUACAGAUUCACAGGCUUGGAACCCUACACUAAUUACAACGUCACUUUCUACAUCAAAAACAGCAAGUCCAACAGAACUUACGCCUCGAUGAAAUUCGAGAACACCACCACUGGGGAAGGAGUGCCAUCGCCACCGGAACGAUUGACUGUACGUCAGGUGAUCGGCAGUCGAGUGCAACUACUUUGGGACCCACCAAAGAACCCUCAAGGGGUAGUACAGUACUACACUGUGUACUACGCCCCGCCAUUGCCGCCAAUACAGAACAAUAUCGUAGCAACCGACUCUAAGACUAUGGCCGUAACUAUUAAAGGAUAUUUCAAGCCGCUCAACAAUUACUCUUUCUGGGUGACUGCUUCAAACCAUGCCUUCACAUCUAAUUCGUCAGAGGUGUCGAACAUCACUUUCGAAGAUAGCGGCGACGUCGACGAUCUUGCCAACGUUAGCUUAUCUCGCCCCACUCCUACCUCAGUCUAUUUGUCAUGGCAUAAGAUACGCGGCGUAGAAGGAUAUAAGGUGCAAGUUCGCUUGCCGCUCAACUACGCUAAAAGAGAUGUCGUGGAAACGAAGGAAUGUAACGUCACUCUGAACGACCUCCCGCCCGGAGUAUCGCUAUACAUCGACAUUCGCGCGUACAAAGGCCCCGUCGUAGGGGAUCCGUUCACGAUUCCAACCACCACAGGCGGAGAGCCAGACGAGACAUUAAACUUGACCGCUAUACUGCUCAAGGAUAAAGCGACUUCGGUACAGUUGUUCUGGUCGCCGCCCAAAGGGGAGAGGUACAAGAAUAAGUCGCUCAGCUACGAAGUGCACUACGUAAACGUGUUGAAUAGAAUGCGAUUGGGAGAGCUCGCCAAUGACACGAAGAUAGUUACUGCUAAGACCAGUAUGCAGUUGGACGGUCUGGAUUCGUGCGCGAGUUACGUGUUCGCAGUGGGAUUACUGGGUGGCCCGUUGUCUAGGUUCACAGAAGUUCUUACCAGAGAAAACCCUAAAUCUCCAGUGAAGAAUCUGCACGCGGACUACGAUGAGAACACAAAGAAACUCAACAUACAAUGGAAUGCCAAUUGUGACGUUCUCAGCGAUCACGUCACAUAUAUGUUGGAUAUCACUGAAUUGACACAAGAUAUAACCAGUAGUUACGAGCUGUUGCCCACGAAGAAUACGACGUUCAGCCACGUGAUAGAAAAUGUUCAUCUCGGCGGUAGAUUUAAUAUUUGUGUGCAGGCGAAAGUGCCCGAUUCUGCUCGUCGCUGCGCUUCCGCACGCAGCGGUAUAGUGGCGCCACCUACCGGCGUAGUGGCGUGGCGCUCCCCCAACGGGCACGUGAUGGUGCACUGGCAACACUCGCGGCCCCCCACCCUCGACAACCAUGACAAAUAUCAAGUCAUAGUAUCAGAAAAGGAGAUACCAGAAGAUUUGCUUCAUCCCACUGAAGACAUGAGGACAGCUAUGGCUGAGUUCGCUCCGUUACUGAUGACGUCACCGGAAGGAAGCGGCGACUUAUACGUGAGCGUACGAGUCGUCACCGAACAAGGAUACUUUAGCGAUUUGAGCGAAGUUCACACACUUCAAAUGUCCGGCGCUGAAGCCGAAACCGCUAGCGCGUCAAGCGCCAUCUGGUGGGGCAUAGGCGGCGCUGCGAUAGUAGGCGUCGCCUUAGGCGGAGCUUUAUUGCACGCGCUAAUAAGGCACCGUAGACUGGCGCGAUCCUUCCUCAGAUUCACUGCGCACACGCCGCGAUACGACAGCCGGCGUGGGCAGGCCACCAUCGGAGACCACGACGAUGACGACGUACCUCCAAUCCAAGGGUUCUCCGAUGAUGAACCGUUGGUGAUAGCAUGAUCGCCGCACCAGCCUUGUGAUGAAACCGUGAUCUUGUCAUAAAAUAGUAUUUUAAAUAAAUAUAUUUGUUGUACCGCAGACGUGCGCCCCUAGCGAAUUUCUUCAUAACAAUUUAUUAGUCAUUAAUCCCCUUACUACAAAAGGAGGACUAAAGUUAAACUUGGUUUAAACCUAAUGUUGUCUUUGUCAUCUUUUCAGCAAACAAAAGUCACAGCAUCUAUUUAAGUCUUGAUUAAACUUUAGUGUACGUUUUGUGGUAAGGCCAAAUGUGUCGUCAUAUUAUAAUAAAGGGUGAUUGAAAUUUUAACGAUUUUCAAAUAAAAAAAAAAUAGGAAAUGCUCAGUAAGAAAAAAAUUAAAAUUUUGUGUUACUUUAACAAUAUUUAUUUUUUGCUUUAAAUUUAGUAUAAUUUUGAGAAUCGUUUCGAUUUCCGUUAGCUUAAAUGUAUACUAGAGACGUGAAAAGGGUACAUUUUUUUACUAUAGCACAGCACGACCUCAUAAUACGAACUCGGAAAACUUACUCCUCUAUAGAAUUCAUGGAGCGUUCGGAUUAUGGUUUAUGGUAUGGAGAAUUUAUAAGAGUAUUUUUUUAAAAACAAAACUAAUACUAUUGUGUAAUUGCGAGAGAUAUCAAGCGGUCUCUCAUCUUUUUUCUCUUUCUACUAGACGGACACUUUUGGAGCCGCCUUCCCUACUCUAUUCUUAUACCUCUAUGUUUGUCUGGCAAUUUACCUAAAAGCAUUUUUUCUGGCAAAGAAAUAUGGAGGCUGUGGGACAUUCGGAUUACAGAGGUAUUCGGUUUAGAAAGGGUUCGAUUAUCGAGGUCCUGCUGUAUUUAAAAGCCGACACAGACUAAAUUAUUCGUUAUCAAUGUUAUUAUUUAAACACGCUAGAGUAUUAUUAUGUUAUGAAAAUGUCUAUAUUUAAGUUGUUGUAGGAAAAAUUGUUGUAUUUUUAGUACACCAAACAGAACGCUUGGGUACGUACACCAUAUAUUAUACUAUUUUUUUAUAUUUAUGUAUGUAUGUAACUAACUAUGUAGUACCAGAAGCUAGUUCAGUGUGUCAACGAGUCUUAAAGUUAAUUAUUAAAAAAAAGACAUUCAUGCUUGCUCAUUUUUUUAUUUGUAGGAUGUAAACAAACUCGUGUGUUAUUAUUAUAAUCAAGUUCGACACCAAAGAUCUAUGAAUAAGUACAUUGUUAAUUUAAAUAUCUAAGGUCCGUGUUGAACUUUAUGUGAGAAAAAAUAUGUAAAGGAUCUCUUCAUUCCCUAUUUCGAUGUUUAUACUUAGUUUUUAGUUAUUGCUUAGUUCCUAAAGAAAAAUUUUAGCCGCAUCAUUUGUAUUUUUU